UAGGAUGGAAAACAGAUGGCCGGAUCUCCAUUAGAAAACCUCCACCGAAACUGCAAAACCCUUUUUGCCUCCCUCCUCUCUUCAGAUCUCCUCCCCUCCCCCUCGCUCCAAACCCUAGCUCCACCCAGCCCCCAACCAUGGCGGCAAUGAUGCAACCGCAGAUCAUCCUGCUCAAGGAGGGCACGGACACGUCGCAGGGGCGCGCGCAGGUGGUGAGCAACAUCAACGCGUGCACAGCGGUGGGGGACACCGUGCGCACCACGCUGGGGCCCCGAGGGAUGGACAAGCUCAUCCACGACGACAAGGGCGGCGUCACCAUCUCCAACGACGGCGCCACCAUCAUGCGCCUCCUGGACAUCGUGCACCCCGCCGCCAAGAUCCUCGUCGACAUUGCCAAGUCGCAGGACUCGGAGGUCGGUGAUGGGACAACUACUGUGGUGCUUCUAGCUGCAGAAUUCCUAAAAGAAGCAAAACCUUAUGUUGAGGAUGGAGUGCACCCCCACAGUCUAAUUCGUAGUUAUAGGAAUGCAGGCAAUAUGGCCAUUCAAAGGGUUAAAGAACUGGCAGUCAGCAUAGAAGGGAAAAGCCUCGAAGAGAAGAAAUCAUUGCUAGCCAAGUGUGCUGCUACAACACUGUCGUCAAAACUGAUAGGUGGAGAAAAAGAAUUCUUUGCUUCUAUGGUUGUGGAUGCUGUCCUUGCCAUUGGAAAUGAUGAUAGGCUUAAUCUUAUUGGGAUCAAAAAGUUGGCACUAGAAUUGCUAUGCAAAAUGCUGUGCAAUGCAGUUUCGGGUUCAGCUGGUUGCUAUGCAAAAGUUCAGGUUCCUGGAGGUACCAUGAGAGAUUCUUUUCUGGUUAAUGGUGUUGCGUUCAAGAAGACAUUUUCGUAUGCUGGAUUUGAGCAACAACCAAAGAAGUUCUUAAAUCCAAAGAUCCUUUUGUUGAACAUUGAGCUAGAAUUAAAAUCUGAGAAAGAAAAUGCAGAGAUCAGAUUAUCAGACCCUCUGCAAUACCAAUCAAUUGUUGAUGCGGAAUGGAACAUUAUAUAUGACAAACUCGAUAAAUGUGUGAAAAGCGGAGCAAAAAUAGUUCUGUCUCGACUAGCUAUUGGUGAUCUUGCAACACAGUAUUUUGCAGACCGGGACAUUUUCUGUGCCGGUCGUGUCACGGAAGAGGAUUUGCAACGUGUGGCUGCAGCAACAGGUGGAACUGUUCAAACUUCUGUAAAUAAUGUCAUCGAUGAGGUACUGGGUUCUUGUGAGGUAUUCGAGGAAAAACAAGUAGGCAAUGAAAGAUUCAACAUAUUUAGUGGCUGCCCUUCUGGUCAGACAGCAACUAUUGUCCUCCGUGGUGGCGCGGACCAGUUCAUUGAGGAAGCUGAACGAAGUCUCCAUGAUGCCAUCAUGAUAGUGAGGAGAGCUCUUAAGAACUCUACAGUUGUGCCGGGUGGUGGUGCUAUUGAUAUGGAAAUAAGCAAGUAUCUCAGACAACAUGCACGGACCAUUGCUGGGAAGUCUCAGUUUUUUGUAAAUUCGUUUGCUAAAGCCCUUGAGGUUAUUCCACGGCAACUUUGUGAUAAUGCUGGAUUUGAUGCGACUGAUGUUCUCAAUAAGCUCAGGCAGAAACAUGCAUCUGGUGAAGGUGCUAACUAUGGUGUAGACAUCAACACUGGUGGAAUUGCUGAUUCCUUUGCUAAUUUUGUGUGGGAACCUGCUGUUGUGAAGAUCAAUGCUAUAAAUGCUGCAACUGAAGCUUCCUGCCUUAUUCUUAGUGUUGACGAAACAGUGAAAAACCCAAAGUCGGAGAGUGCACAAGGUAAUGCUGCUGCCGGUGCAAUGGGUGGUCGUGGUGGAGGAGCAAUGCGUGGCCGUGGUGGAAGGGGUAUGCGCAGACGGUAAUUCUAGUCACACCAGCCCUGAAACUUCAUGUCUUCGGCGCUCUGGUGUGUCGGAUUUUGGAGAAACUUUGAAGUUUAUUUGCGCAGGCCCUUCUCGCAUGCCUACAUUGUUUUUUUUUUCCUUCUGUACUUCUUAUGUCUAAUGUUAGAGCUUGUGUCCAGUGUAAUGUAUGUUCUAUCCUUUUACCUUUUCUUCAGAGCAAUGCAGCAGCUGCCGGUUGUGAUAUAGUCGCUCGGAUUAUUUGCUCUAAAUUUCUGUUUCUUAGCUUA